AUGGCCCAGGGAGGGCCCUACCCGGACCCCUGGCUGCCAGACCAGCAAACAGUGGUGCCCAGGAGAGGUUUACCUUGCCCCACAACACAGCAGGAGACACACAAUUUCCAGGACUCACAGCCACAACCCUGCCCCGACGGCGCGGCGGCUCCGGGGCCCCUGCUCGCCCUGCGCACCCCGCACACCCCAACUGUGGGGCGCUCGGCGGCCCACCCCUCCCCCUCUCUGCCUGGCUCCUACGCCAUCGCCCUCCCAGCAGCUUGCAGCGCCGGCCCGGGCUCACACCCGCCCCGCCCCACCCCCAACCUGCCCUACAAGGGGAGGGGGACAUUAGGCUGCAGAAUUAACCCUUCAAAUGGGGACCGCCCCCCAGCGCCGUGCGCGCUUGGGGGCGGGGCCAGACUCAGCCCCCGACCCCUGAGCCCCCAGGUCAACCUCAAAGGGGAGCGGUCCGGCGCGGGGCGCGGCCCGGGCCCCCGCGGCGCCGGGCAGCAGGAAGGGGGCCCGGCCGUUGGCUCCGGUCCGCCCUGGCCCUGCCCGGCCCGGCUCAUCACCGUGGCCGCCCCCGGCCGCUCCGGUUUCGCCCGCCUCCAGCUCCGGCUCCGGCUCCGGCUCCGGCCCCGGCCCCGGCCCCCCCUGCGCCUGGCCCCGUCCCCCCCCAGCGCCGCCGCCGCCGCCGAGAGGAGGCCGGCGCAGCGCAGCCGAUACCGACACCAAGCUCUGGGCUUGGGCUUGGGGCGAGCACGCCCGACGGCCUUCGCUCCCGGGAAGGGAGCGGCGCCGCGCAGGGCCGCCAGACGGGUGGGCACCGAGCGGGGCGCGGGCCUGGCUGCAGCACCCUCGCAGGCUGGCAGUCACCCCUACUUCAACCUGCCCGACUUCACCCAGCCAUCGCCGCCCUCCACUCCGUCCAGCCUCCCCUCACAACAGCGCUGCCGGCCCUCCAAUGCCACCAAGGGCCUGCUCGUGGCCCUGCUGGGUGGGGGCCUGCCCGCUGGCUUCGUGGGCCCCUUCUCCCGUAUGGCUUACCAGGCUUCCCACUUACCCUCGCUGGAGCUGCUCAUCUGUCGAUGCCUCUUCCACCUCCCCAUUGCCUUGCUACUUAAACUGCGUCGCAACCCACUGUUGGGACCUCCGGAUGUCCGGGGCCGGGCCUGCCUCCACGCCCUGCUCAACGUCCUCAGCAUUGGAUGCGCCUACAGUGCGGUUCAGGUGGUGCCUGCUGGCAACGCUGCCACUGUCCGCAAAGGUUCUUCCACCGUCUGCUCUGCCCUCCUUGCCCUCUGCCUUGAGAGCCAGGGUCUCAGCGGCUAUGAUUGGUGUGGCCUGUUGGGCAGCACCCUGGGACUAAUCAUCAUUGUGGGACCUGGACUAGGGACACUGCAGGAGGGGACCACGGGCCUCUAUACCGCCCUGGGCUAUGUGCUCGCUUUCCUGAGUGGCCUGGCACUGUCGCUGGGGCUUCUGGUGUAUCGUUCCCUGGACUUCCCCUCCUGCCUACCAACAGUGGCCUUCCUGUUUGGCUUGGUGGGGCUGGCAGGCUCUGUGCCAGGCCUCUUUGUGCUGCAGACCCCCGUGCUGCCCAAUGAUCUUCUGAGUUGGAGCUGUGUGGGGGCAGUGGGGAUCCUCGCCCUGGUCUCCUUUGUGUGUGUGAGCUAUGCGGUCACCAAGGCCCACCCUGCCUUGGUGUGUGCUGUCCUACACUCUGAGGUGGUGGUGGCCCUGAUGCUGCAGUAUUAUGUGCUCUAUGAGAAUGUGGCACCUUCUGACAUCAUGGGGGCAGGGGUGGUGUUGGGCAGCAUUGCCAUCAUCACUGCCCAGAACCUCAGCUGUGAGAGGGAAGGGCAGGGGGUGGAGUGAGAUCAAACUUGAGAGCCUGGGGGUU